CUGGCCCUAGCCACUGUGCCAAGCGAAGAUGCCAUGAACAAGAGAGAGUUGCUUCAACAGUUCAGCCAAUCAAUUGUUCCCACUCUCAUGACCGAGUUGCCCAAAUGUCUCUCCUCAAAGCAACUGCUGAAACUCCUGAAAGCAGAGAAGAACACCAACGCAGCCCUCUCCCUCUUCGACUCCGCCAUUCGCCACCGCGGUUUCGAUCCCUCCCCCCGGGUCUUCCACCACAUCCUCCGCCGCCUCGCCGACCCAAGACUCGUCUCCCACGUCCCCCGAAUCGUCGAGCUCAUUCGCACCCACAACUGCAAGUGCGACGAAGACGUUGGGGUGAUGGUGAUCAGGGCGUAUUCCAAGAACUCAAUGGUUGAUCAAGCUUUAGUGGUGUUUCAGCAAAUGAACGAGAUUUUUGGCUGCGAGCCGAGGAUACGGUCGUACAACUCUAUGCUUAAUGCAUUUGUUGUGUCGAAUCGGUUGGAUAGAGCGGAGCAGUUUUUCAGGCACUUUGAGGCAAUGGGUGUGUCGCCGAAUUUGGAGACGUACAACAUUUUGAUCAAAAUUUCGUGUAAGAAGAAGGUGUUUGAUAAAGCAAAGGAGUUGUUGGUUUGUAUGUGGCGUGAAGGUUUGAGUCCUGACUUGUUUAGCUACGGUACUGUCAUUAACGGGCUUGCAAAGAGUGGGAAUUUAGCUGAUGCCUUGAACUUGUUCGAUGAAAUGUCUGAACUAGGAGUGACUCCUGAUGUUAUGUGUUAUAACAUUUUAAUUGAUGGGUUUUUCAGGAAAGGUGAUCCUUCGGGGGCUAAUCAAAUCUGGGAGAGGUUAGUAAAAGAUUCAUCUGCUUACCCAAAUGUCGUUACUUACAAUGUUAUGAUUAGUGGUUUGUGCAAAUGUGGGAAGUUGCAUGAGAGUUUGGAGUUUUGGCAGUGGCUGAAGAAAAAUGAUCGACCGCUGGAUUUGUUCACUUACAGUAGUCUGAUACAUGGGUUAUGCAAGUCUGGAAAUGUUGACGGGGCUUCACAAAUAUAUGCAGAUAUGCUUCAGAGUGGGGUGUCUCCAGAUGUGGUAAUAUGUAAUUCAUUGCUUAAUGGGUAUUGUCAAGCUGCCAAGAUUAAAGAGUGUUUCGAGUUGUGGGAUGUAAUGUGUAAGGAGGCUCUCUGUAAUGUUGUGAGCUUCAACAUAUUCGUUAGAGGAUUGUUUGAAAACGGUAAGGUGGACGAAGCACUUUCUAUUUGGGAAAGCUUGUCCAAGAAAGAUUUUAAUGCAGAUUCCACAACGUAUGCUGUACUGAUUCAUGGAUUGUAUAAGAGUGGGUUCUUGAACAGGGCAUUGCGAAUACUAAAAGAGGCAGAAGAUAGAGGAAAUAUGCUGGACAUUCAUGCAUAUUCCUCUGUGAUCAAUGGGCUAUGCAGAGAAGGUAGAUUGAAUGAAGCAGUUUGCAUGCUUGACCGAAUGAGAGAGCAUGGCUGUCAGCCAAAUUCCCAUACUUGCAAUAUCCUCCUCAAUGGGUUGGUCCGGGCUUCUAAAAUCGAUGAUGCAAUUCAGUUUUUCAGUGAAAUAAUCAAUAUAGAUUACACCCCAAAUGUUGUCACGUUCAACACUCUCAUUAAUGGACUGUGCAAAGCAGAAAGAUAUGCUGAAGCCUAUCACUUUGUCAAAGAAAUGCUGGGAAAAGGAUGCAAAGCAGACAUGAUCACGUACAGCUUGCUGAUAGAUGGUCUUUGUCAAAGUAGGAAGGUUGACAUGGCCAUCAACUUGUGGCUUCAAGUGCUCAAGGAAGGUUUGACACCUGAUGUGACCAUGCACAAUAUCAUGAUUCAUGGGCUAUGCUCUGCAGGCAAAAUUGAAGAUGCUUUGCGGCUAUACUCAAAGAUGGAGGAACAACACUGUAUUCCAAAUCUCGUCACCCACAAUACCCUCAUGGAGGGGCUUUACAAAGCUAGGGAAUGCAAAAAAGCAUCAAUUAUUUGGGCCCGGAUUUUAAAAGAAGGGCUACAACCAGAUAUCAUAUCCUAUAAUAUUACCUUGAAGGGGCUUUGUUCUUGCAAUAAAAUAUCACACGCAAUUGAGUUUCUGAAUGAUGCGUUGGGUAGGGGAAUUCGUCCUACUGUCAUUACAUGGAACAUACUUGUUAGAGCUGUGCUGAAUGAUGGACUCUCACAACCUUUGCAUUAGAAGCGUUGAGAUAGGUUUUUAACUCCUGUUCAUUUUUUCCCUUUACCUUUAUUUAUAACUUCCACCUGGAUGAAGCUACCUUAAAAUAAUAUAAUCACCAUGGUGUCUCCUCCAGAUGUCAUUAGGCUUUUAUUCUUGAACAUCAUUAAUUUGAGUCCAAAAACUUGUUGAAAGGAGUGUUCUCUUUUACAGGUGCUAAAUUACCGCUUCCACAUUGAUGCUAGGGAACUACUGGUUGUUGAGAAGUUACCCAUGCACACUAGCCUGAGACAUGAUCCAACAUAUAAGACAUACUUCUUAGAGGUUUGUUUGAGUAAUUGGUUCCUUAAUUUUUCUGCCCCAACUUUUGCAAAAGUUCUGUCAGUUCUACAUGUACGGGCAUAUUUUUGCAGGAUUGGAUUGGUAUUCUUGGCAUUUAUUACAUUUUUUGCGUGAAAGCAUCAACAUGUUAUCUAGUUGAUAAUUGUGGUUUCUUCUUGUUGGCUACCAAUGCCUAACCUUGAUGUUCAUAUUACAUUUCAGCAAAUAUUUUCAGGUUUACACACCUGCAAAAGAUUUUGCAUGGGAACCAUGAUUAUGGCUCAUGAAAGUCUGGUAUGAGUUCAAAACAGGUGAAACGGCUUCUUGUUUACCAUAUAAACUUCAGGGAAACUAAUCUAACUGUGAUUUUUGUUCCUUCUUUCGUUUCUUUUCAACCCAAUUAUAAUGCAUCACUAAAAGUUGUGGAUUUUGGUGGUUAAGUGUAUUGCCAAAAAUAGUUGAUGAUGCAAACAUUGAAGUUGCUUGAUGUAUUAGCCUCAAGUAGUAAGAUCGCACUUGGAGUUAUAUCUCAUGCUACAUGCUGAAAACUGCUAGAGCAAAGUUUAUUUAGACAAAAGAAAAAAAACUUCACUUUCUUUAACCUUGGAUUUUUCCUCUCCUGUGCUUUCCGUUUCAGAUAAUAUCCUUCGUUCAUAAAAUGAUUGGAGAAAGUAGAUCCGCCAAAAUUACACUGACACUUGACAAUUGCAACCUUUGACUUCCAGAUGAAGAAGAGACUGAUGAAUCAGCAAUCUCAGUGACGAGCUAGCUGAUCAAUUGAAGGUGUACCAUUUGGAGAUCAGAAGAUAGACAAAGAAGUUGAGCAAGCUGAGAAUGGCCAAAAGCCAGUAGAAAUAGUCAAGAUGGCCCCUGUUCAAAUUGUCUGGAAUCCAACCAAGUUUCCCAUUUCUUGUGGUCACAUUUGUCACAACUGUGACAAGCAAAGUGCUCAAAUAAUUCCCCACGGCAACAGUUGUAAGAGACAGAGCCGAGCACAAGCUUCGCAUCGCAUCCGGGGCCUGGUCAUAGAAGAACUCUAGCUGCCCAAUGAAAGUGAAAACCUCUGCACAUCCAAUGAGAAAAUACUGCGGGACUUGCCAGAAAAUCGACAUGGGAAUUUGCUCGAGAUCAUAGUAGUUGUGCCUUCUCACAAAGUCCAGCCGGAUGACCUCCAAAACCCCCGCGACAACCAUGGCAAAUAUCGAAAUGACAAGACCAAUACCCAUCCGCUGGAGCUGGGUGAAGCCUCGCUCGUGCCUCGUGAACUUCCUCGCAAACGGGACAAUGAUUCGAUCAUAUACAGGUGCCCAGAAGAGCACACUAAGAGUAUCAAAGAGGGAGAGGGAUGCUGAUGGAAUCUUGAAACUUGGCCCCAUAUGCUGGUCCAUAGUGUUGCCUUGUAGAACAAACAUUGUGCUCAUUUGACUGUAUACCGUGGAGAAGACAAUUCCAGAUGCCCAAAUGGGGAGCAACCGGAUGAUCGACUUGAGCUCCUCGACUUGAGUUACAGUGCAAAGUCUCCAUGGAUUUACAGAACCCUUGACGCGGUCAGCUUCUGUCUCCACAGCAGCCCUGUCGAAAAACCUGGAAUUUGAUGCUUCUAAUUAGUAAAUCCUGCAGGUUAUAUGCAGUUACUCCUUGAAACAACACACAGCUAGUUAGUUACCUCAUCUUCUCUGUGUGCUCAAGCUUGCGGCUUCCAGUGAUAUUACAUUCCUCAUCUGCAGUCUCGUAAAGAAGGGACUUAUCAUGUGGGAACUUUACCCCAGAUUUUCUGAUGGAUGCAACCACAACCUGGAAAAUCCGUGUCAGUGGGCUCCCUGCAGGUUUCUGGAGCCUGUACAACCGACUGCCCGAGAAGAAAAACACAACAGCAGCAGCCAUUGCAACUGCUGGGAUACCAAAACCCCAGCCCCAGCCCACAUUCAUUUGUAUCCACACCAAAACUGAGGAAGCGAUGAGCGCACCCACAUUGAUCGAAAAGUAGAACCAGUUGAAGAAGGAGCUCUUCUUCUUCCUCUCGGUUUCAUCUGUUUCAUCGAAUUGAUCUGCCCCAAAAGAUGAGACACACGGCUUGAUUCCACCUGUCCCGAGAGCAAUUAAAUACAGUGCUACAAAACAGAGUGCAGUUUGUGAUCCUGUGGGGUGACAAACUUCACUUUCACAUUCUGGCUUUAGUCCUUUCACUGAAGAUGUCAAUGUUAGCAAUGUCAUCCC